AUGGAAAAUGAUUUAUCAAUUGAUGAUCAAGAUGAUAUCAGUUUUCUAUGGUAUGAUAAAGAUGAGAACAUUGAUGAUAUAAAAUCUAAUUUGAAAAACAAAAUCAAUUAUACAAUAAACUUCUAUACAAAUUUAGAAAUAUGUAUAGACAAUAUUGAAUCAAUUCAAAGGAAAAUGAAACGAGUAUUUUUUAUAACAUCAACUUCAUAUUUAAAUGAUAUCAUAUCAAAAAUUCAUAAUUUACGACAAAUUGAUUCGAUUUUUCUCAUGUCAAAAGAAUAUUUUGAUAUUGAAGAAAAAUAUUCAAAAAUAAUUGGAAUAUUUACUCAAUAUGAUGAUUUAAUAAAUUCUAUUCAACAAAAUAUUGAUGUUUUAAAAAAUGAUUUACAAUCAUUUAGUAUCUAUACUCAAAAUAAAAAAUCAACACAUAAUAUAUCAAAAGAAUCUGCAUCAUUUCUUUGGUUUAUUUUAUUUAAAAAUGUUAUUCUUGCUUUAUCACAAGAUAAACAAGCAAAACAAGAUAUGAUUAAUAAAUUAAAAGAACGCUAUCAAAAUAAUAAUCGACAAUUAAAACUCAUUGAACAUUUUGAUAAAACAUUUCGAAUAGAAGAUUCAAUUAAAUGGUAUACAAGACAACAAUUUAUUUAUAAAACAAUAAAUCGAUCAUUACGAACAAAAAAUAUUAAUGAAUUAUAUGGAUAUAGAUAUUUUAUUGGAUCUUUAUCAAAAAAUCUUUCCGAUCAAUAUAAUCUUAUCAAAGAUUAUGGUGCUAAACUUAUACUUUAUCAUGGUGUUCAUUUGUCAAAUAAUGAAAUAGAUAAAUUAAAAACUAAUGAAGGCAAUUUAAUAUCAAUGAAUGGUUUUCUUUCAACAACAUUAUCAAAAUCAGUGGCUUUAAAGUUCACUGGAAUAUCAAAUGAGAAUAGACAUCGUGUUUUAUUUGAAAUUGAAUGUGAUACUGAUUUAAUUGAAAGUGUUAUUCUUGCAAGUAUUGAUGAAUAUAGUCAUAUUCUAGAUGAACAAGACAUUUUAUUCGACUUAGGUGCAACAUUUGAAAUUUUAUCUGUAAUUAAAUAUAAUAAUUUAUAUUUAAUAAAAAUAAAAGCAACAGAUGAAGGAACUAAAAUAAUAAAAGAAUAUAUUGAAUUGAAUAGACAAGAAAUGAUAACAACAAGUACUGUUAUUCUCUGGGGUAUUUUACUUAUUGAAAUGGAUCAAUAUGAUAAUGCAAUUAAAUAUUUUAAUUAUCUUUUGUCGAAUGCUAAAGAAAAAAAUAUAAGUGAAAUUUAUAUUAAUCUUGGUUUAGCAUAUUUAAAAUUAGGAAAAAUAGAUGAUGCAAUAAAAAAUUAUCAUUCUGCUUAUGAUUUAAUUAAAAGAAAAAAUGGAUCAAAAAUUAAUAAUCAUUCUAUUCUAGCAUAUCUUGGUACAACUUAUAGAUUAAACGGUAAUUAUGAAAUUGCUCUAUCCUUUUUUAAUAAAUAUAUUGAAGAUCUAUCGACAAAUCAAAACUUAAAUAUUUUAAAAAAACAAAAUUAUUCGCCGGCUUUAAUAAAUAUAGCUAAUAUUUAUUUCAAUAUGUCUGAUUAUGACCGAGCAUUAGAAAUGUAUCUAAAAUCUCUAGAAAUUAAUAUCGAUACUUUUUCAAUUGAAACUUUACAAACAGUUCGAAAUAUAAAUAAUAUUAGUACAAUUCUAAUGAAACAAGGAAAAUUUCAUCUUGUUUUAGAAGCAUUUUUUCACACAUUAAAAGUAUUUGAAAAAUGUUUAUUACCGACACAUCAAGAUAUUGCUCGUCUCUUUAUUAACAUUGGACUUACUUUUGAUUCAGUAAAAAAAUAUGAUGAUGCAUUAAUAUAUUAUAAGAAAGCAUUAUAUAUUCAAAAAAUAUUGUUUCCAAUUGGACAUCAAGAUGUUGCUGUUACAUUAAAUCAUAUGGGUAUGACUUUUACAAAAAAAUGUGAUUAUAAAAAUGCUUAUGAAGUUUUUUUACAAGCAUUAACUAUGCGAGAAGAAUUUCUAUCCUUUAAUCAUCCUGAUCGAAUUAUAAGUUUGUUAAAUUUCGGAAAUUUGUAUCUAGUACAAAAAAACUAUACAGAAGCUAUUGUUUAUUAUACAAAAGCGUUAGACAUACAAGAGAAAAUUUUUUCUCAUGAACAUCACAUAAUCUUUUCAACUUUAGUUUUAAUUGGAGAUACUUAUUAUGAUGAUGAUCAAGUUAAUGAUUCACUUGUUUAUUAUAAAAAAGCAUUAGAUCUACAGAAAAAUCUUUCAAAUAUAGCGAUCAAUCAAGUUUUGUCUAUUAAAAUAAACAUGGGAAAUAUAUUUCUUGAACAAGAUAAUUACAAUGAAGCUGUGAUAUUUUACUUACAAGGAUUCAAUAUAAAUGAAAAAUUAGUUAAAUUAGUAAUUUAUAACAUUUGUAAUAAUUUUGAUAUGCUUUCUACAAUAUGGAAGCAACAAGAUAAAAUGGAAUUAGCAUUUGAUUUUAAACAAAGAAGUUUAAAAUUAAAAGAAAAAUGUUUAUUCGAUAAAAUAUUUCGAGAGAGUAUAAUUACCGAUGGUAAUACAGUUUUAAAUAAAGAAGAUGCAGAAAAUGAAAUUAAACGACGAAAAUAUAUUAUUACUAUGUCUUUUAGAAAACAACCGAUCGGCUCAAUUAUGACGGUUUUUGUAUUAAAAAGUUUUAUGUUUAGAUUUUUAAAUAUUAAAUAA